UCAAAAGCAUCUAGAGCGCCAGUAAAAGCCACGACGCAGAGCUAGGACGGUUAACCCGACGAGGGCCCAGAGGAGCAGAACCUAGAACAGGGCAUCAGCAUCCUGAAGUGUCACACUGGACCCAGGCCUCGGCGGAGCGCACGCAAGACAACUCUCCGGCUCGCAGGACCAACCUAAGAUGCCCUGGAUGCUAGGAGCUAAGUGGUCAGAAAAAUUGAAGAAACCUGGACUUUCAAGGAGCUCAUUCCAGCAGAAGAAACCAGUAUCACUAACCUCGAUUUAAUAGAAGGGAAUCUGGAAAAGUUAUAAGCAAAACAUCAUUUCUCUAAGAAAAUUCUGAAUAACAAGUUCUGAGUAACAGGGCAAACCAGUUCCACCACCAUGAGCUGGAGCUUCCUGACUCGCCUGCUGGAGGAGAUCCACAACCACUCCACAUUCGUGGGGAAGAUCUGGCUCACUAUAUUGAUUGUCUUCCGGAUUGUCCUUACGGCGGUGGGAGGAGAGUCCAUCUAUUAUGACGAGCAAAGCAAAUUUGUGUGCAACACGGAGCAGCCGGGCUGCGAGAAUGUCUGCUACGAUGCCUUCGCGCCCCUCUCCCACGUGCGCUUCUGGGUAUUCCAGAUCAUUCUGGUGGCAAUGCCCUCGGUGAUGUACCUGGGCUAUGCCAUUCAUAAGAUUGCCAAGAUGGAGCAGAGCGAAGCAGACAAGAAAGGAGCUCGGGGCAAGCCCUAUGCAGUGCGCUGGAAACAGCACCGGGCUCUGGAAGAAACGGAAGACGACCAUGAAGAGGAUCCCAUGAUGUAUCCAGAAAUGGAACUGGAAAAUGAGAAAGAAAAUAAAGUGCAGAGCCAACCUAAACCCAAGCAUGACGGCCGCCGGCAGAUCCAGGAGGACGGGCUGAUGAAGAUCUACGUGCUGCAGUUGCUGAUAAGGACCGUGUUCGAGGUGGGUUUUCUGAUAGGGCAGUAUUUUCUCUAUGGCUUCCAAGUCCACCCGUUUUAUGUGUGCAGUAGACUUCCUUGUCCUCAUAAGAUAGACUGCUUUAUUUCUAGGCCCACCGAAAAGACCAUCUUCCUCCUGAUAAUGUAUGGUGUCACAGGCCUUUGCCUCCUGCUGAACUUUUGGGAAAUGCUUCAUUUAGGGUUUGGGACAAUUCGGGACUCACUAAACAAUAAAAGGAGGAAACUGGAUGAUCCGGGUGCUUAUAAUUACCCCUUCACUUGGAAUACGCCGUCUGCUCCCCCUGGCUAUAACGUUGCCGUCAAACCGGAUCAAAUUCAGUACACCGAGCUGUCCAACGCUAAGAUUGCGUACAAGCAGAACAAGGCCAACAUCGCCCAGGAACAGCAGUACGGCAGCCACGAGGAGAACCUCCCCGCGGACCUGGAGACCCUGCAGCGGGAGGUCAAAAUGGCUCAGGAGCGCCUGGACCUAGCGAUCCAGGCCCACGGCCACCAGAACAACCCCGACGGCCCCCGGGAGAAGAAAGCCAAAGCCGGGUCCAACAAGAGCAGUGCUAGUAGCAAAUCAGGGGAUGGGAAGGCCUCCGUCUGGAUUUAAUCCUGGCCGGGCUUGAAGCUUGCGCUCUUCGCAGCUCGCGGUAAGCGGCGCUCCCUGAGUAAUGGCCUCCGCUGAGUAAACAUUUGGCUCUGCUUAUCUUCAGGGAUGCCGCUGGCUCAUGACCGACGCUCAGGGGACUCUGAAAGCGGGGCUGGGACAAGGGGGAGAAAAGGAGGAACACUGAGUUCCUGGGCACAUAUUUCAGCAAUAAUACUGUUAUGGAACUUUACAUUUAUGUCUUCCAGAUCUGGGAAAAAAGAGAUAAUAUUUAAAUCAUUCUUGUUGAAAAGUUUUUGUAUGUACAGUAUUAUGGUACAUUUUUUUUAGUCUGAGAACUUUCUUUUGUAUUUGUAUAUUGGACCACUAUAGUUAUACUUUUAUAUUAAAGGAAAAAAAGUCCUUCAGGUAAUGCCUAUUAGGCUAGUGUUAUUACUUUGUUCAGCAAAUUCCACCCUGGGUUUAAAGUUUUAAUAGACGCCAUACCUAAUAAAAGUGCCUCUCGCGUUGCAGGGAAGAUUUCGGAUACGUAAGGAGCCAGAGGAGGAAGCAUCAGUUUUCAGUCUUGGAAAGAAAGUCCACAGUAGAAGGAGGCUGAGAUCUUUUCUCCUUUACUUAAGAAAUCUCUGAACCUUAUUCACCUACCCAAACCUGUCUCCAGUCUUUGCAAACCUGUUUGUAUUUUCAGAGAAUAUUGAUGAUUAACUGCAGGAUUCCUCUCAUUAUCAAGGAUUGGCAGCAUAUGCCUUGACGGUGUGUACAUAAUUUAGGUUCUUCCAAAAGGUCGAUUCUCAAAGGUGUCCCCAGUCUGGGAGCAGUGUGGCAGCCCUGACCAGAGGUGUUACUAAGAUUCCUCUAUGGCAAAGCUGUGCCUGGAAAAUGAGCCCUACUAUGUGGACCUAUUUGAUUCGCCUUAAAUCUCUAUCCAGAAAUCUGCCUCUCUGGUUUCAAGAAACCAGGGUCGGAUAUUUUCUUUGGAUGUUAACAUUGGAAAUAAAAAAAAUUCCCUCAUAGGCUAAAAAUACUCUGAGCCGUUUGUAUUGCAUGUGGCAGAAGGCCCAAAUCCGAAUUCCUUUUUCUUUUUUCUUUUUCUUUUUUUUUUUUUUUUUUUUUUUGGUAAUUUGCCAUGUAACUUUGAUCAUUUCUGUACUUCUGCCAGUGUAGAUUUCUGUGUGGAAGACCGGUCAGAACGGCCUGUAAAUAGACCUGAAGAGAAUUUCAGAAUUCAUUCCCUACAGGCAUAUCUGUUUGUUAAUGACCAGCAUUAAUGUUCACAUAACACUUGUGAUACGCAGUAUUUCAUUGAUAUCUUCAGGCCUAUAUUAUGUUGGAGAGCAAAGCUCUCCCAGCCCGUUCACAUCGUUUGUCUUAUAGUUUAUGAGCUGGUGAGCAGAACCUUAAAGGAAGGGGCCUUUGCUUCCCAGGGAUCUUUUCAGUUGGAGUGUCUCACUCUUUUCUCAUAGAAAACAAGCCGCCUCUGACUUUGAAAUUACAAAAGUAUUAUUUUUUAUGUCUUAAUUUUAAAAUGUCAGUUCUUUAUUAUUUAGGAGAAUCCCGGACCAGCACCCUUUGGAUGUUUCUUUUUCAUUUCUUUACUUGUUCUACUCAGGAAAAUGUCCACUUCUCUUCUAGCCAUGCAUUAGCCUUUUUCCCCCCCCCCCCCCAAUCUAUAAAUUUUAGCCUAGACACACUCCUUGGACUCUCUAAACACCUUCAGCAGAAAGUAAACUCAGGAGAGACUGAAGGGGAAUUUCACAAAACAAUAGACCUGACGUGGCCGGAUCGUUAGCAGAUGUACGCAGCUUCCAUCAUACCAAGUGUUUUAUAAGGAAAUUCAAGUGCUUAUUCUUAGAAAACAAGCAAGAUGUUAAACACCUAAGCACAGCUAAGGUGAAGAUUUAUCAGGUCAUUCUUGUGUCACUAGAGCUUCAAGGAGAUUUCUUAACCAAAGGACAGAAGAUUCACAGACACUCAACGCACAUCUACACAGAGCCUGAAGGAGACAGUGGCUUCGCCCACGGAAAGGCUGGGGACUCGAGAGUGACAGAGAGGAAAGGAGUCGAGCAGAAAUGCCAGGCAAAGACAAGUAGCGCCAGAAGCAUCCACUUAGUUCCUUACAAACAGUGCCCUCGGCGAUUCCUCUUGGCUUGUUCCGUUGAGAAUGUUGUUUUGUGUCCGGAUAAUUCUUCCCAACAUCUUAAAGUUUAUAGGGAGAUAUCCUAAGUCACUUCACAUGUGCAAGUCUGUUCUCUCACCAAAGUUUUAACUAUGACACAGAGUUCCCAACUCUCACUGCUGUUUCUUGGUACAUUUCUUUCAGCCUUUGAACGUGGGAGUUUGCCAAAGCCAUUCUCAUCCCUAAUGGCAUGUCAUGGACCUCCAUUAGGAAAAUGGCCCUAUGGGGGGCUAGCUUAACCCAUGAAUUGGGUCUACGUCGAAUCUAUAAAAAUAUCAUUCUGGUUAUUCUGGAACUUGCAGGUAUUAGUAUAAAAAUGUGUGUCAGCAGGUUUUGUUUUUUUUCCUAUCAAAAUCACAUCCCUUGGAAAUAAGCCGCAAAGGCAUGCCUGUCCUAUGACACUUGCUUCUCUAAAUAGUUGAGUGUUUAGCCCCUUCAUCUACUAGAACCAGGAUACGGUCAACAUGUUUAUAUUUCUCAAUAUACUGUUGGAUUUAUUCAGUUGUGGUGUGUGUGUUUGGCUCAUCAUCUGUGUUAAAAUGUGUUAUUCAGAAGAGAUGUAUACAACAGGCUUUUUUCUUAAUUCGAAUUUGAAGGGGGGUUAGAUAACAUUCUCUUAAAGAGUGUUAGUGUUCACUUUGUGACUUUUCUUUGCCUUGUGACUUAGUUUUUCCUAUUUCUGUAUUUGCUCACUGAAAACCACAAGUAUGUUAUCUCAUUUGAAGUCCGUUUUUCUGGGGAUUUUCCUUGACUAAUCUGUAAAAAAAAUACUUUUGAUAAAAAUGAAAUUUGCCAUCGAAAAUGGUCUUCACGGCCCCGCCAACUCCCACAUAAUCUGGCUUGUAGAAGGCCGCCCAUGUCUUAAAGAGAAAAAAGAGUCCUUCUUCGGUACCUUAACUCUGUCAUUUCUUAAUGGUGUGACAUCAGGCAGUUCACCUGACUUUUCCAAGUUCCGGGAGCUACUUCUCAGAAGUGUUUAUGAAGUAGUUAGAGCCUAUGGUAAAGGUAUUUAAAAACCAAUGUGCUCGCUUCGGCAGCACAUAUACUAAGAAAAACCAACUAGUGGUCAUGUGUCUGAACUUGGAUCUUCAAGGAAAAAAUAGUUGACAAAACUACAUGAUGGUUGUAAGACUCCAAUGCUCUCCAUCACAGGGUCACAGGUGGCUUAAAACACUUGGCUUUAAGCCGUUCAUACCAAGAAUGGACUUAAAUGUCAUUCCCGUUAGUCAUACUGAUGCUUUACCCUUUCAGCUUAUAAAUGUCCAUGCUUUAUUCCUUCUGUCUCAUUUAAGAGACCGUAUACCUCUAAAAAUAACAUCUACAGUUUACGAUGAAUUUUUGGCCAGCUAGCUUGCAGUAAAAGGUGAGUAUGUUAUACUUGAACCUACUUCAAGAAAUGCCUUUUUAUAAAGGAAGGGUCUUUCUUGACUGAAGAAAAGACCUGAAAGUCCAAGAUACACAGUUACAGGCCAUUUUGAUUGGAAGAUUCCAGGUAUUAGAUUAAUUGUAUCUGUAUAAAAUCAUGUAAUCUCAUGAAGAGCCUUACCACCUGAAAAUAAGAAAGCCCCCGGCACCUCUACAAUGUAGAGUUUGGAACUAAACGUUACAUUCUGGCCACACAUCAUGGAGAGACUAAAAGAUUUUACUUGUCCCUAAUGCAAUUGUGUUGUUUUAAAUAAUAAUGUUAAGUGAGUUUGGUUCAUGCACAUUCCACCCUAAUAAUCGUACUUUUUAAAAAGAGGCAAUCCAUAGUAUUCUAUAAUGCAGGAGUCCAAACAAAAGAAAGUCUUACUCCCAUGCAAAGUCUCUGCAGAAAUGAAAGGGGUAAGCAUUUUACAUUUCCAGGUUGGCUUGUUGAACUAGCAAAGGCAUUGGCUAUAUGCUUCCAAGAGUGGAAAUUUUUCUUCAUUGUACUUUCUGAUUGUGUUUUCUUUAAUAAAGCUCUUACAGAAGUCUCUACCUCAGGCACUAAGUAUUGGAUACGGUUAGCAUAUUGAUACUGAAAAACUUGGCUAGGACUUCUAGCUUUUUAAGACCAUUUAAACAUAAACUUCAACUGUUAACCAGCAAUCUAAUGUCAUGUGUGCAGUUUGGAUGUUGUAUGAACAGCUAAGGAAUUACCCAUUCUAGUGCCAAAGAUCACUCGUUGCUAAUUUUGUUCUGUACAGUUAAUGUGAAACUUUUUAUGGUGGGGACAGACUUCUGUGCUCGGGGCCUUGUCUCUAGGAAGAUGUGUCAGUUCCAAAUGUUUUGUGAGUUCCAAAUACAGUUUAGAAGAUUCA